AUGUGGCCAAGUUGCAGCGAUUCGCUCGCUCGACUCACACACGACGCUGACGAGGCCGAUGCUCACACUCAUCCCAAGACUCCAGCCGCUCCCAAGAGCAAGAAGGGCAAGAAAGGAGGCAAAGGAGAACAACAGCCAACUGUUGCCGAACCGACAACCGACGAACUGAAACAAGUGGUUGCUCAACUCGAUGGACAAGUGCUUCCAGCUCUCGCUCAACUCAACGAGCAAGCCGCAAAGAUUGCCGCUGAUGAGAAAGCUGCUCGUGUUGAAGCAAAAUUGCUUGAGAUCAAAGUCGUGCCUGAGAGUGUCACCGCUCUUGCACAAGCUCCACAACAAGAAAUCCCACAAGACGAUCAGGAUGAGCUGAAGAGACAAGAAGAUGCCACUGAAGUCGACAUUGGAAAGCUUCAAGAGAAACUCGGUGAAAUCGACGAGCUGCUUGCUCAAGGAGAUCUCACACCCGAGCAACAGAAAGAACUCGAAAAUGCUCGAGCAAACACAGAAAGCUAUCUGGAUAAACUUCGUCGUCUCCGAGAUGCACUUCUCGACAAACUCGCCAAUCUAGCCAAAUAUGGUCGAGACAAAGAAGCUCUUGAUGCUGCAACCGAACCUGUCUCUGAAGCACUGACCACAGUCUUCGACAAGUAUUCCACUCAAGCUCCACAACCAUUUGCCGUCGGCAAAGAAGAUCUUGAAAAGCCGAUGAUAAAGAAGAAAUCUCGGCUGCACGAAACAUUCCCAAGCCACGGCCCAUCAUCAUUGCCGACGAACACGCACACUUCGCUUCGGGCACAGUCGAGAGCGCACGUGCUCUUCGCCAGUAAGCGCGACGCGACCGAACAUACUGGGGGAACGCAGCUUUGUGGCAGCACGAGUCGACCAGCUGGGAGGAAGUUCCUCGACGAUCACUUGAUGCUCUCACCUGCAAAACCACUUUGCUCCCUGGAUGAGGCCUCAGAGGUGAUCAGAGGGGAUGCCAAGCGUGCCAAAGAAGAGAACCCUGAAUCGUCUGAAGGAUGCUGUCCG